CCCGGCUGCAACUGCAGAAGGCGAUGAAGAGGUCGGAGCCGUUGGCUGCUCUCCGCCGGGAAGAGGCGUCCUGCUCCUCCUGGGGAGCUUGCAGUGCAAGUAAAAAUUUACCUACCAUGUCUACAGAAUCUGUGGAAAUCGAUGAUGGAUUAUACAGUCGACAGAGAUAUGUUCUUGGUGACACAGCAAUGCAGAAGAUGGCCAAGUCCCAUGUCUUCUUAAGUGGUAUGGGUGGUCUUGGAGUAGAAAUUGCAAAGAAUCUUGUUCUUGCAGGGAUUAAAGCACUGACAGUUCAUGAUACAAAAAAAUGCCAAGCAUGGGAUCUAGGGACCAAUUUCUUUCUGUGUGAAGAUGAUGUUGUUAAUGAGAGAAACAGGGCUGAAGCUGUACUUCGUCAUAUUGCAGAACUAAAUCCAUAUGUUCAUGUCUCAUCAUCCUCUGCCCCUUUUGAUGAAACCACAGACCUCUCCUUCUUAGAAAAAUACCAGUGCAUAGUAUUGACUGAGAUGAAACUGACAUUACAAAAGAAGAUCAAUGACUUUUGCCGUUCUCACUGCCCUCCCAUUAAGUUUAUUAGUGCAGAUGUACAUGGAAUUUGGUCCAGGUUGUUUUGUGAUUUUGGUGAGGAAUUUGAAGUUUCAGAUACAACAGGAGAAGAACCAAAGGAAAUUUUCAUUUCAAACAUAACGCAAGCUAAUCCAGGCAUUGUCACGUGCCUUGAAAAUCAUCCUCACAAGCUUGAGACGGGACAGUUCCUAACAUUUCGAGAAAUUAAUGGAAUGACAGGUUUAAAUGGAUCUGUACAACAGAUAACUGUGGUGUCACCGUUUUCCUUCAGCAUUGGUGAUACUACAGAACUGGAUCCAUAUUUACAUGGAGGCAUAGCUGUGCAAGUGAAGACUCCUAAAACAUUUUGCUUUGAAUCCCUGGAGAGGCAGAUCAAACAUCCCAAGUGCCUUAUUGCAGAUUUUAGCAAACCUGAGGCACCUUUACAGAUUCAUGCCGCUAUGCUUGCCUUGGACCAGUUUCAGGAAAACUACAAUCGUAAGCCAAAUAUCAGAUGUCGGCAAGAUUCAGAUGAACUGUUGAAACUAACAAUAUCUAUAAGUGAGACACUGGACGAGAGGCCUGAAGUGAAUCAUGACAUUGUGCACUGGCUCUCGUGGACUGCUCAAGGCUGUUUACCCCCACUUGCUGCGGCAGUGGGGGGUGUUGCCAGCCAAGAAGUAUUAAAAGCUGUGACAGGGAAGUUUUCUCCUUUGUGCCAAUGGUUGUAUCUUGAAGCCGCAGAUACUGUCGAAUCCCUACACAGUCCUGUUCGUGAAGAGUUCCUCCCACGAGGAGAUAGAUAUGAUGCCUUGCGAGCCUGCAUUGGAGAUACAUUAUGUCAGAAGCUUCACAAUCUGAGUGUCUUCCUAGUAGGAUGUGGUGCCAUAGGCUGCGAAAUGUUAAAAAAUUUCGCCUUACUGGGUGUUGGUACAAGCAGAGAGGAAGGAUUGGUUACAGUUACAGAUCCUGAUUUGAUAGAAAAAUCCAACCUAAACAGACAGUUCCUGUUUCGUCCUCAUCACAUACAGAAACCUAAAAGCUAUACUGCUGCUGAAGCAACUCUGAAAAUAAAUCCUCAAUUAAAAAUAGAUGCACACCUGAACAAAGUUUGUCCUGCCACUGAGAUUAUAUACAGUGAUGAAUUUUACACUAAGCAAGAUAUCAUUAUUACAGCACUAGAUAAUGUGGAAGCCAGGAGAUAUGUAGACAGCCGUUGCUUAGCAAAUCUCCGGCCUCUCCUAGAUUCUGGAACAAUGGGCACAAAGGGACACACUGAAAUUAUUGUACCUCAAUUGACUGAAUCCUAUAAUAGUCACCGGGACCCCCCAGAAGAGGAAAUACCAUUUUGUACUCUGAAGUCCUUUCCAGCUGCUAUUGAACAUACUAUCCAGUGGGCAAGAGACAAGUUUGAAAGUUCCUUUUCCCACAAGCCUUCAUUGUUUAACAAAUUUUGGCAAGCCUAUCCUUCUGCAGAAGAAGUCUUACAGAAAUUGCAAAAUGGACAGAGUUUAGAAGGUUGUUUUCAAGCUAUUAAGCUACUUAGCAGAAGACCUAGAAAUUGGUCCCAGUGUGUAGAAUUAGCAAGACUGAAGUUUGAAAAGUAUUUUAACCAUAAGGCUCUACAACUUCUUCACUGUUUUCCUCUUGACACACGAUUAAAAGAUGGCAGUUUAUUUUGGCAGUCACCAAAAAGGCCACCUUCUCCAAUAAAAUUUGAUUUAAACGAAACUUUGCAUCUCAGUUUUCUUCAGAAUGCUGCAAAACUAUAUGCUACAGUAUAUUGCAUUCCAUUUUCAGAAAAGGAUUUAUCAGUGGAUACCCUCAUGGAUAUUCUUUCAGAAGUUAAAAUUCAGGAAUUCAAACCUUCCAACAAGGUUGUUCAAACAGACGAAACUGCAAGGAAGCCAGACCAUGUUUCCAUCUCCAGUGAAGAUGAGAGGAAUGCUAUUUUCCAGCUAGAAAAGGCCGUUUCAUCUAACAAAGCCAACAAAAGUGACCUUCAGAUGGCAGUGGUUUCAUUUGAAAAAGAUGAUGACAGUAAUGGACACAUAGAUUUCAUCACAGCUGCAUCCAACCUUCGAGCCAAAAUGUAUAGCAUUGAACCAGCUGACCGGUUUAAAACUAAGCGCAUUGCUGGUAAAAUUAUCCCUGCUAUAGCAACAUCUACUGCUGCAGUUUCUGGCUUGGUUGCCUUGGAGAUGAUCAAAGUAGCUGGUGGUUAUCCCUUUGAAGCUUACAGAAACUGUUUCCUUAAUUUAGCCAUUCCAAUAAUAGUGUUUACAGAAACAUCUGAAGUAAGAAAAACUGAAAUCAGAAAUGGAAUAUCAUUUACGAUUUGGGACAGAUGGACUGUUCACGGAAAAGAAGAUUUUACCCUCUCAGAUUUCAUAAACGCUGUCAAAGAGAAAUAUGGAAUUGAGCCAACGAUGGUGGUACAGGGAGUCAAAAUGCUUUAUGUUCCUGUAAUGCCGGGUCACGCAAAGAGGUUAAAGUUAACAAUGCACAAACUUGUGAAACCUUCCACUGAGAAGAAAUACGUAGAUCUUACUGUGUCAUUUGCCCCAGACACUGAUGGAGAUGAAGAUUUGCCAGGACCUCCAGUAAGAUACUACUUCACCCAUGACACGGAUGAAUAGAAGCUGUCGGAGUUACUCCAGGACUACUGUAUUUUGGAAAGUGUACUUAAUUCAGAAGCUAAAAUAAUCAGCUCGAUGCUGUGUAUUUCUUUUGCCUUAAUUUAAGGGAAACAUCAGCAGGAAACAUAUCUACAUUGAAGAAUUAAAAAACAUUUUGGAGCAUAGUACACAUCUGUUGCUUUGUGUGGCUAUGAUCACAGCUACUUCGAACUGGAAUACCAUUUUCUAAUGCUUAAAAGUUUGUAUAUUAAGCCCUGUGGAUGAAAAGGAACAAAGAAAGCAUUUAUCUAUGACCAGAAGAAAUAAAGAUGAAGAAAUAGAAAAUAGUAAAUCCCAGCCAUUAAAAAAGCUAAAUCCUGUUUUAAGGCUUUUUUUUUUUUUUUUUUUUGGUGUUUGAUACCCAUUUUCCAAUAUGAAUAGUGUCAUACUGUACCUCUGACAUAAUUAGGCUUUGAAAAUUCCAUAGCUCUGGAGGGAGCGGGAUGGUAGAGAUGGACGAAGAGUAGAGAUUACAGUUGUGUGGCUACAGUUAGUGUCCUGCUUCCUCUGCCAUCAGUUUGUUGUGUUACUUCCUCCCGUACAUAUUUGCUGAUAUGGUCAGUGUUAUGAGCCAUGAGGUGAUGGCGUGUUAACGUGGACUAAAUGUUAGCAGUAUUAUAUGCACUCAACAACUGUCAGAAAAUCCAUGAAUGUGAGCAGAUAAAUAUGGCUAAUCAUUUGAUUGUUAAUAUGCCUUUAUUUUAUUUAUCUGGAACUCUAAACUAGUCAGAGUAUAUAAGACUGAAAUUUUUAUAAAGGGACUAUCCUUAGAAAUAGAUGGAUAUAAAAUUAAUGCUAGUAGAGUUGUCUUUUUUCCUUCCAUCAAUAUUGUGGAGAAAAAAAAGUGUUUGUUUGUUUGUUUUAAGGAAACAUGUCAUUUUACUCUUCAUUCUCAAAAGGGGAAUUGACAAAGAGAAAUUAUAUUUUUUUAAGUUUUUCUUCAUUGAGAGGAAUGCUCUAUUUCCUAAUAUGAACAAUUGCAAUUAAUAAUAUGAUUGUGUUCAUUAAAAGGUACAAACAACUUGGCUGUAAAAUCAGUGAAAACAGCAAGCAAAUGACUCUUUUUUACAAGGGUUAGCACGCAUUCUAAACAUCAGGCGCUUACAGCCUCUGAAAGUCACUUGCCUGGAGCCCCUGCUCUUAGAGUUCAGACCAUUAGUAGCUACUUUGAUGGAUUCAAAUUUAGAUUACAUCAGUAUCACUCCAGCUCCCGGCAUCUCUUUACCCCCUGUACUUACUUUCCAUUUACAGAUAAUUUAAAAUCCUGUGUUAACCCAGCUUUGCUCUCCUCCUCUUAUUGACGGGUCCAGUUGGAAAAUGAGUGAGUUUGUGUAACAGGUAUUCUGUUCAUCGAGAGAUGGAGAAAAGUGGCAGGGUCCAUCUUAAAUGGCUACAUAUGAAAUAAAUACUGUUUCGUCAUCCUGUGCUCUUCCGUUGUGCAUAUUCCUAGUAUAAUGUUCAAAAUUAGUGUCAUAUAAAAUUGAUACAGGAACAUCAAAGGCUCUGUGGCUUAGAACUUAAAAGGUUAGGAAUAAUAAAAGGAGCUUUUUCUUUAAAAAAAAUGCCCCUUUUCCCUAGUUUUUACUUGUCUUCUGUUCUUUGGUAGUGAUGUAUUUUCUAGGUAACCAUUCAGCAGUCCUCAAACAUGAACCAGUAGCUUGCCUGUGUUUUCCUAGGUCUCCACAUCUCCUUAGAAGAAAACAGGAACCAUGCUUGGUAGAGUGCUUCAGUAAAUAAACUCAACUGGGAUUGAUUGGGCUUGUUGGCAGUUAAACUACAUCCUUUUUGUCAUUUGUUUUUCCGUUUUGUUUUGGUUUUCUGUAGGUAAUGAUUUUUACUAUCCAAAAUAUUACUAAACUGGAAAGCGACAGUGAAGUUAAUGACAACCUUUUUAAUUGUUUUAUUUUAUACUUUAAGAUUAUUGUUACUGUAAUAUAGCUGUUGAAUACUAGUGUGCAAACUAGGUACAAAAAACGAAAUAUGCUACUCCAUUCGGUUACAUGCAUGCAUGCAUGCAUACAUACAUGCAUACAUAUCCUAAAACUAAGUCUAGGAAAUUUUAGAAUAUUGUCAUAAACCGUGUUCUGUGGUUCAUUGCAAAGAAUUUAACUACACAUCUUAUUCUGUGGUUAGCACUGCUUCUGUUUCCUCAUUUCUGUGCUUUGCAAGCAAACUAGUUUGGGACAUAUAAGUCAAAGGGACAGUGUGCUUAACAAGCUCAAAGCCCUAACUUUUAAUCACCAGGAACAGAAGUAAAUGAGAAAGCCAGGCAGAAAUAGACUCCAUGAGAAGGGGUUUCAAAGUCGGUUCCUUAUAGGAUUUGAAGUAUUGUAUCUUAAGUUCCUUACACAUUGUUAUAGAAGUAGAACUUGAUAAAAUAAAUAAAUUAUUUUUAUAGUUUAUCUUUCAUGGCACAUUGUUGGAACAGCGUCAGAGUACAAAACUACAGCCAUAGCUAAGAUUGUCUGUAGCUCUACCGCAGAAUACGUGCCUAGCAUACGCAAGACUCUGGGUGUGAGUCCCAACUCAGAAACAGAAAUCGGAAAGUUUAGAUCUAGGGAGUCAGAUAAAGAAUCAGCAGGCCGUGUGUGUGCUUUUCUCUUGCUGUAUCUCGAAAGCUUGUUUGUGUUUGUGGGUGUAGAUUAUGUAUGUCUAUGCUCCGCAUGUGUGCAAUGUUCCUGAAGCCAGAAAGGGCAUGGAUCCCGAGACGAGUUAAGACGGUUGUGACGCACCAGGUUCUCUGGAAGGGCAGCCAGUUAUCUUAACCACUGAACCAUUACUCCAUCUGCAAAAGCUUCUUGUCAUAAUUGAGAAAUGCCUGUUGAAAGUAUAUAAAGUGUGAAUAUACAGUUUAAGGAAUAAUUUAAAAUAUUUAACCAAUAUUGAAAUUAAUAGAUCACUGAUAUCAGAAACCUUCCUAAUCCCUCCCCAGUCACAGAUAUCUUAAACCCCUGGUAGUUACUAUUGUCCUAUUCUUUGUUUUAGCUGUUUCCUUGUUCUUGUGGUAUUACCCCCUCUGUGUGUAUACCUAAACAGAGCAGUGUAGUUCUGCCUGCUUCUGAGCUGUAUGUAAGGAAUCGUUGCAUUUUUCUAUGUCUUUCAUUUGCUGUGGCUUAUCCAUGCUCAUUGUAGCCAUAUUUACCAUUGCUGAUAGUUUAUCUUUGCAUUAAUAUACCAGUUUAUGUUGUAUUGACUGUGAAUGAUAAAGAUGUAUUUAGUUCAGGAUAAGUACAGUUCUAUAAUAAAUGUAUUUUGUUUCUCUUCCAGUGCAAAUAAGAUGGCUAGGAUCAAACUUGCUUGAUUGUAGAUACUUUUUAAUAUUUUAGUUUUGAAAGUAAAACCUAAUUAUGUCAUUUUCCCCUUCCAUUUCAUCCUUUCAACCCUUCCCACGCACCAUCCCCUUGCUGUCACACUCGCUUUCUCCAUACUGAGGUCAGUUCGGAUGGGUUUUGCUUUUGUAUUUUGACAAUUGUAGAUAUGCAAUGGUAUUUCAUUGACUGGUUCCUCUGUUCUCUUAUUAUGGGUGUUACCUUUUUUACGUGGCCAUUUCCACUUCCUUUUUAAAAGUGUGUUGUCAGAUCUGCUACAUAUCUUCCUUUUGUGUUGACAGUGCUUUUCCUCAUUGGUACAUGAAAGAUCUUUAUAAACCCUGUUUUUAUUGUCUGUAUAGUUCUAAAUACUUCUGUUCUGUAGCUAAAGGUUAGAUACCUAACAGGACUAGUCUUUCGUUUCACAAUACCUCGUCGACAGCCUGGGAGGUCUCCUAAGAUCCCCCUCUUGUCUCCUAAGCACUUUAGUUUUGCCUCUCAGGAUUAAGUUGUAAUUCGUGAGGAGUUGACUCUGAACAUCAUGGCUAAUACUAGAUCAGUAGUAUUUAGGUAAAGUUUGUUUUCCUUCUCUGGUUCUGCCAAGGUAGCAUUGCACUAGAAAAUGUGUAUGUAUCCUACUGAACCUUCAUUUCUUUCCUUUUCUGUCCUAAUGGUAAUAUGCUGUCUCCAUCACUGUAGCUGAUAAUAUGUUUAUAUUUGACAAAAUUCAUCCUUCCAACUUUUUCUGUUAAAGUGUCUUGGUUCUUCUUAGCCCUUUGAUUUUCUUUUCUCAGAUUUCUUCAUAAACUUACAAACUGGUCACUCUGGCACUUUUCACUUUUCUUUCCCUCAAAAAAUGUUAAUCUCUCAUUUAUGUGUGGUAUGUUUCCACGUGUGUGCACACCUUGUGUUUAUGUAUACCAUGUACACAUGUGUGCAGUCCAUGUGUAUGCAGGUGCCUGUAGAGGCCAGGAGGCAGCAGAUACCCUAGAUCUGGAGUUAGAACGUUUGUGAGUUGCCCAAGAGUGGAUACUGUGAGUGAGAUCCUCCCCAAAAACAGCAAGUACCCUUACCCCUGAGCCAUGGCUCCAGCCCAGACCAUGUAGUCUGCCUAAUUAAAGAAUCUAAAGCCUUCUUCUGUCUGUUACCUGACUUUUGUUUCUUCUGUUCUUUCUCUGUACCCAGUAUCCUUUUAAUGCUUGCCAGUAUUUUACUUGAAAUUGUGAAGAAAUUACUUAAUAGGAUAAUAUUUUCCUAUUAAGACAUGUUUUUGCUUCUGCCUGGAGACUUGUAACCUAAACUCACCUUGAUGGAAUUUCGGGCCCUCAGAUUUCUUAGCCAUACUAGUGUGAUUCAAGGUAGAACUUUUGACUACUGUUCUCUUAUUUCUUGUCUGCCCUUACCCUUAAAGUUCAUCUCUUCCAAGUUCCAAAUGUGGUUUGCAGUUACCAGGGUCCUCAUCUCUUGACUGAUCCUAAAAAUCAGAUAAUUUUUUUUUCUUAACCAAGAUCUAGAUGAACUAAACGCAAAAUAUAAAGAUUACUGCAAAAGCCAUAUGUUUGGCUGGGCAGUGGUGGUGUACGCCUUUAAUCCCAGCACUCGGGAGGCAGAGGCAGGCGGAUCUCUGGGAGUUCGAGGCCAGCCUGGUCUACAAGAGCUAGUUCCGGGACGGGCACCAAAGCUACAGAGAAACCCUGUCUCGAAAAAAAGCCAUAUGUUUGGAAAAUAUUGAUGAUUUAAAAACUCGAGUUUAAAAAAAUCCUAACGAGCAAGGAUCAUUGAGCUGCAACACUGCCACCCUAACCCACAUUUGGCUCGUGUUCCAUGGGCCCCCAAAGAGCUCAUGUCUGGAAAGAGCCCAAGUUUCUGUGCUGUUACUUUUAGCAGGCUUUGAAAGGUGAUUAGGUUAAAGGAGGUCAGCCAUAGUACCAGUAACCACAAAGGUGGACGUGACCUGACUAAAAAUGUUUUUUCUGGCUCACACUGGAGGCCCAGGCCAGACUGAGACCCAGGAAGAAGUCCUGCACAAUUUAGUGCUGUACAUUUGCUCUUCCAAUGUCCAUACCCAUGAGUAAAAUAGAGUUUCACUCCUUUAACAUCAAAAAAAAUCCUAAUGAAAAUUUAAAAGAUUUUUUUUAAUCCUUAAAUUUGACUUACUUUGUGGCCCAGGAUAUAAUUUUUAUGAAUUUGGAACUAGUACAUUCUGUAGUCAUUAGGGGCUGUGUGCUGUACAUAUCAGAGUCAUCAAAUCUUUUAAUAUUAAAGUUUCUAUAUCGUUAUGUGUUUUUAAUAAACUAUAAUGUGAAUUAUUAUGAGUUAUACUAAAAGUCACCUAUUUAUUUGCUUUUUUCUCCCAGAGUUGUGUUUCUGUUUUAUAUAUCGUGAGGCAACAUUAGUAAGUUCAUGUGUGAUGGUUUGAGUAAGAAUGGCCCCCGUAGGUUUAUAUAUUUGAAUAUUUACGCACUAGGGAAUGGAACUUGAAUUUGAAAAGAUUAGAAGGAUUCUGAGUUGUGACCUUGGAGGAAUUGUCUCACUGGAGAUGGGCUUUGAAGAUUCAGAUUCUGUGCCAGCCCGUGUGUGUGUGUGUGUGUGUGUGAUUGUGUGUGUGUGAGUGUGCACACACAACACACAAGCACCUUCCGAUCAGGAGGUAGCUCUUAACUACUUCUCCAGGGCUGUGCCUGCCCCCGUGCUCCCACCCAAUGAGAAUAGUAGACUACCGAAACUGUAAGCAAGGCCCCAAUAAAAUGCUUCCUUUCAUAAAGUUGCUUCGGUCAUGGUGUCUCUUCACAGCAAUCAAACAGUGACUAGGACUGUAAAUUUGGCUUGUUAUAUUUUCCUGCUGAAUGGUAUUUUAUCAGUGUGAGUUAUCUUUGUGCCUUAAAGUCUUAUCUCUAACCAUCUUUUAAUUUUUCCAUCCAUUUCCUUUGACCCUUUACAUAUUCUAAUUUUUAGAUGUUUGCCUAGUAUGUACCACAAUUGUUUGGAUUUGGUGGUCAGGAGGUGUUGAUCAUCUUGUCCGGCAGUUGCUCUUCCAGCAGCUGAUACUGUUUUUCAGGCUGGAGCUUUUCUCUGCCAUCCCACAGAGCGUAUCUCCCCAGCAUGUAUAAUGUUUACACCUUCCUUUUUACAGUUGGGUUUUAUGUGGACAUUUCCAUUCUCCCCUAAAUCUGUUUACUUAUUGUAUGUUAAAUUUUUUAUUAAAAUAAAUCAUAGUUUCUGUUUUCUUAAAGGAUAAGCACUGUUUUCUUGACUAGAGUUUUUUUACUAUAUUAAAUUCUGUUUAUUUGCACAAAAUAGAACUGACAUCAGUCACUACCUUAGUGAUUAAGACUACAUAUUCCCAAACAGCAAUAUUUCCACAACCAAAUAACUCAUGUGAAAAAUUGAGGUUGUCAACAGCCUCAGGUUCAGACAUGAGUAAACAAACUUUUUAAAUGAUUGGGGGCCUAGACUGUACGGGCCAGGGACUAGUCAUUCUUUCCUGUGUUGCCUUGCCAGAUUCAUGAACAUACAGUUGUAAGUUUUAGGCUUUUUUAUACAGGUAUCAACUGUGUUUCUCCCACUUACAUUUCAUCACACAAUUCUUUUGCAUGCUUUAGUUCAGUUGUAUACUACAGUGUCUGAAUUCUAUAAGACAGUAGUCAAUGCUUGUAUUUUCAUACACCUAUAUAACUUUUAUCUUUUUCGUACCAUUAACACGUUGAAAGUAUUCUGAGCUGGAGAGAUGGCUCAGCAGCAUUGGGGAAUAUUAUUUUCAGGUGUGUGACUUUUGUUUAUGCUGCACUUGUUUAACUCUGUGAAGCUGUGAUUGCCUGUCUAAAACACCCAGUAAAGAGCCGGCUAGCCAAGAGGGAGGCUUGAGCAAGGAUAGGUGGGGCUGGCAGACAGAAUAAAUAGAAACAAAGAAGAGGAGAAGCUGCAAGAGAGAACGAUGCUAGGGGUCAGUCACCCACCCAGCUACCCGUCCAGCCACAGAGCGAGACUGAAAGGAGGGUUGCAGAAAGGAAAGGAAAAGUCCAGAGGCCAAAGGUGGUCGGGAUAAUUUCAGAAAAGCUGGCAAGAAACAAGCCAAGCUAAAGCUGGGCAUUCAUAACUAAGAAUAACCUCUGUGUGUGAUUUAUUUGGGAGCUGGGUAGUGGGCCCCCAAAAAGCCAAGAGAGUAAAACACACUACACUACAAUUAAGAGCAUGGACUGCUCUUCCAGAGAACACAAGUUCAAUUCCCAGCAUGGCAGCUCACAACUGUCUGUAACCUUACACAGAAAUACAUGCAGACAAAACACCAAUGCAUAUUAAAAUAAAAUCUUUUUUUUUUCAAAAAAGGUCUAGUUUUUAGAAGGUUUUAAGCACUGUAUUUUCCUUGAACAACUGACUUGUUUCAGAUGUUACAGCUUGUCAGUCUCUCAGCCUCAUUUGGUAAACGCGCAAACACAUGCUGUGUUCAUGAUCAGAUUUCUGUAGAUGAAUAUCACUUUAUGUCCAGAUCUAAGAACUCUCCAUUUAAAUGACAGCCUUACUUGAUUUUGCAUAUAUUCCCACAAAGAAAUUUAAGAUAAUCUCUAACUUUGUUGUGUGCAGCGACUACAUGUGGCAUAUAUUAAAAAGGCAAACUUGUGGACCAACCCUCAGAAAUUCUAUUUCAGCAAGUUGAAGGGAGGCUUAGAAGAUAGCUACUUAGAUUAGUUUACUGGAGUUCCAUAACAAAUAGAUGGAUAAAGAUACAUAAAGGAAAUCCCCACAAUUUUGAGUCUGAAAGUCGUUAAAUGUCUGGUUGAUUUGUUCUUCCCCCAUAGGGUCCUUUCUUUUGGUCUCAUACAGCCUUUGCUCUGUGGUCUAACCUCCCUUAGCAUCUUUAUAAGAUGUGGGAACUAAGAGAAUCUUACUCCAUUCUAUCCUAUUUGCGGUUUCAUUUUGUUUUUAGGUGAGAAAAACAAGCUAAAUACUCUAAUAAUUUGAACCAAGGAUAGGAUAUAAACUAUAUAACUUCAUCCUGAAUUACAUGAUUCUUGAAUUUUAUGACCAAAAAAAUCUCUGAGUUUGAGGCUAGCCUUGUUUACAGAGUUACAGGACA